AUGGAUAAAUAUUUUUCAUUAUUUAAAAUUUAUAAUAUACAUGAAAGUUUUUGUAAGAUUACCCGUAAUCAUAUUUUAAUGAUCUCAUUAUGGAUAAUUUUCCUAUCUUAUGCUUAUUGUCAAAACCCUAGUAAUGAUGAAUAUUAUGAAGAUAUCAUUGAAGAAACUCGAUUAAAAGUUGCCGUUGUAACAAAAGGAAAAAAUCGUAAUCCUGUUUCAUUGAUUAGAAAAAUGUUUAAACGUUAUUAUAAAGAGAAGGCUGCUGACGAAGAUGACUAUAUUGAAGAGGUUGAGGAGACAACAAAAAUCAUUUUUGGAAAAAUAGACAAAAAGAAUAUAUCAAUUCUAAAAGAUUUCUGAUUGUAUAUGUGUGUGCAUGUUUUGGAGAUAGGAAAAUCUAUCACCAUCUAACAUGACUCGAAUCAAAUCAAAAAUAGUCGUUUUUUUCAAUUGAAUGUUUUCUGAUUUUAUUUCAUAA